AUGUGUAUUCAGAUUUCAGAUGCCCAUGUCAAUGGCAACGUCCUUCCCACCGCAUCAGUUCCCAAGCUCUACGGGAGCGGCGAUGGCGCUCAGUCUGGUGCUGGCACCCCCAUUGGCUUUCAAAGAUACCCACACAACAAGAUUCUCGACCAUGUAGCGGGAUCGAAUGUGCGCCAUCCAUCUCCUCAGCCUACUCAUCUGGGAAUUCCCGGUAGUCCUCUACACCGGGUCCUCUCCGAGGAAGAUCCCGGCUACAUUGCUGCCAAGUUCGAGGGCAAGCAGAAGCAGAUGGAACAAGUCAUGGACCAAUUAGAAGAGAAGGGCUUUUUCCCUAGUGAUUUUAUUGUUUCCGAGACCACCUGGUUCUACAACAUGCUUGGAAUCGACGACACCUACUUCCAGACCGAAACCGUCGACUCUAUUGUCACCCAGAUCCUGUCUCUCUAUGCCGCGAAAGUGGCAGCUUAUGCGCGCGAUGACAAGAAGCUUGAAAUCAGACUGGACAAGGAAGCGGAAGAUCACGCUGUCUACAUCGAUACAAGCAAACCUGGCAUUUCGUCCGUCGAUGGGCCCCGUUACGAACAAAGAAUUGACGCCAAGUAUAUCAACAACUCGACUCCUGAGAACAGCUACAGAGUUGAGACUUUCCGUUCGCCAACUCCUCUUCCUGGAGACAGCGAGCAGCAGCUCCGUUGCUACUUCGUCUACAAGUGUCAAUUCGCCAACCCCAAUCCCGGUCCCAACGAGACGGACAUCGAGAUCAUUGGCGAGAAGAGAUUCUUGCAAAAGGCAACUGCCAACACCAAGGCCAUCUACCAGGAGAUCAUCAGCAAUGCGGUGAACCGGGCCGGUCCUGUCAUUGAGAUGUUCGAAAUUGAAGGCAGUCGCGAGAAGAGACUGGUUAUCGCCUAUCGCCAGGGCUCUGCUAUGGGGCUGUUCAGCGCGCUCUCCGACUUGUACCACUACUACCGCUUGACCAGCUCUAGGAAGUAUCUUGAAAACUUCUCCAACGGCAUCACAGUCAUCUCUCUGUACCUGCGCCCGCUGAAGAAUGCAGAGAUCUCCGCCAAGUACCCUCCCAUUGAGGCAGCCAUCCACCAGAUCAUCAAGGAGACCUCUCUUCUUUACUGCAUUCCUCAGAACCGCUUCCAGCACCACUUCGCCGUUGGCCGCCUGAGUUUGCAGGAGACCAUCUACGCUCAUUGCGCGUGGGUGUUCGUGCAGCAGUUCUUGAACCGUCUCGGCUCUGAAUACACCUCGUUGGCUGCCGUGCUUGACGCCAACAACAGCGUCCAUCAGGAGUUGCUCUCGAAGAUCAAGAAGCGGCUGCGUACUGAAACCUUUACGGCCGACUACAUUUUCGAGAUCAUUAACAAAUACCCGGAGCUAAUCCACAAGCUCUACCUGGACUUUGCCAACACCCAUUAUGUGCAGACUCGCGCCUCGGAGGAUGACUUCCUGCCAACGCUCAGCUACCUGCGCUUGCAGGUCGACGAAGUCCUGGACAGCACGAGACUGAAGCAGCUCAUUUCCAGUACCGUUGCUAACGAGCACGACGAAAUGGUCAUGAGCGCCUUCCGGGUAUUCAACACCUCCAUUCUCAAGACCAACUUCUUCACGCCGACGAAGGUGGCUCUCAGCUUCCGACUGAACCCUGAUUUCCUGCCCGAACACGAGUACCCACAGCGUCUGUACGGCAUGUUCCUUGUGAUCAGCUCCGAGUUCCGCGGAUUCCACCUGCGUUUCCGCGACAUUGCUCGGGGUGGUAUCCGUAUUGUCAAGAGUCGUAACAAGGAAGCUUACAGCAUCAAUGCUCGCUCCCUGUUCGAUGAAAACUACAACUUGGCAAACACGCAACAGCGCAAGAACAAGGAUAUUCCGGAAGGAGGUGCUAAGGGUGUCAUUCUGCUGGAUGUUAACCACCAGGACAAGGCUCGUGUCGCCUUUGAAAAGUACAUCGACAGCAUUCUGGAUCUCCUAUUGCCGCCAGCCAGCCCGGGCAUCAAGGACCCCAUCGUUGAUCUACAUGGCAAGGAUGAGAUUCUGUUCAUGGGCCCCGACGAGAACACGGCCGAGUUGGUCGAUUGGGCCACAGAACAUGCGCGCAACCGUGGUGCUCCGUGGUGGAAGUCCUUCUUCACGGGCAAGAGCCCCAGGCUAGGUGGUAUUCCUCACGAUACGUACGGUAUGACUACCCUUUCAGUGCGCCAGUAUGUACUAGGUAUCUACCGCAAACUGGGCAUCGAUCCCUCCAACAUCCGCAAACUCCAGACUGGCGGUCCCGACGGUGAUCUGGGGUCCAACGAAAUUUUGCUUGCCAACGAAAAGUACACCGCCAUUGUUGAUGGUUCCGGUGUGAUUGUCGACCCUCACGGUCUGGAUCACCAGGAGCUUAUCCGACUGGCUAAGAAGCGAGUCACCAUCUCCGAAUUUGAUCUGUCGAAAUUGUCUCCUGAGGGCUACCGCGUCCUGGUGGAUGAGAGCGACGUCAAGCUUCCCAGCGGCGAGGUCGUGCACAAUGGGAUGCUGUUCCGAAACACUUUCCACUUGCGCUCCGACCAGCAUUACGACAUGUUUGUGCCUUGCGGUGGACGGCCCGAGUCCAUCGACCUGUCCACUGUUGGAAAGCUCAUUCAAAAUGGCAAGUCUGUCAUUCCGUACAUCGUCGAGGGUGCCAAUCUGUUCAUCACCCAGGACAGCAAGUUGCGCCUUGAACGCGCCGGAUGCAUUCUGUUCAAGGAUGCUUCGGCUAACAAGGGUGGUGUGACAUCGUCAUCGCUGGAAGUUCUGGCCUCGCUCUCGUUUGACGACCAGGAGUUUGUCGAGAACAUGUGCAUCCGGGAAGACGGCACCGUACCACAGUUCUACAGCGACUACGUCAAGCAAGUGCAGGAGAUCAUCAAGUCCAACGCCACACUGGAAUUUGAGGCGAUCUGGCGCGAGCAUGAGCAGACUGGCGUUUUGCGCAGCGUGUUGAGUGAUCGACUCAGCGUUGCCAUUACGCAGCUGGAUGAGGAGUUGCAAAAGACGAACCUGUGGGAUAAUGUAGAGCUCCGCCGCUCUGUCUUGAGCGAUGCCCUUCCCAAUCUUCUCCUGGACAAGAUUGGUUUGGACACCAUUCUUCAUCGGGUUCCGGAGAACUAUCUGCGCGCUAUCUUCGGCAGCUAUCUUGCGAGCCGAUUCGUAUACAAGCACGGUAGCAGUCCUAGCCAGUUCUCAUUCUUUGAUUUCAUGACCCAACGGCUUGCCGCAGUUAAGCUCUCAUAA